GUAUGCCAACCUUUUGAGUCUUAUUUUAUCUUCUCAAAUUUGCUGUCAAACCUUAAAACUCUAUAAUGAUUUUACUCAAUCAUCUCCAUGUUGUGAGAAUCUUGUUCUGAUUCUACAUGAAAGCUUUGCUCGUAAUAAUUUCAACAAAUUCGUUGACUCUACAACCAAAACCCUCAUGUGCUAACUUUCAAGUAAGUAUAUGUAGUUUUUUGCUCGAAAUAACAAAAAAAAAUAAGAACAAAACAUCAUCUUGUGUUUGAUCCAAUUCUUGAAUCUUGAAACAUUCUUUUGAGCUCUCUAUAACUAUUUAAAAAAUGGCGGAUGGAUACGAGAACCAUGCUCCUGAAAACCUUCAGGGGAAAUAUCAAGCAAUGGUUGUUUGUUGUAUUCUUGGAAUUGGAUCUCUCUUUUCUUGGAAUAGUAUGCUCACUAUCGCAGAUUACUACUAUCAAGUUUUCCCGGAUUAUCAUCCUUCAAGGGUAUUCACACUUAUAUACCAACCAAUUGCCCUUGGAACAAUCAUGAUUCUCGCAUACCGCGAAUCGAAAAUCAGUACUAGGAAACGUAUCCUUACCGGUUACAUCCUAUUCACGAUAUCCACAUUCUUGCUGAUAGUCUUGGAUUUGACAACAAAAGGACACGGUGGAAUCGGACAUUAUAUUGUCUUAUGCACAAUUGUUGCUUCUUUUGGCCUUGCGGAUGCGACCGUUAAAGGAGGAUUGGUCGGUGAUUUAUCUUUGAUGUGCCCUGAACUUAUCCAGUCAUAUAUGGCCGGUUCGGGUAUGGCUGGUGCUCUAACCUCAGUGCUUAGGCUAAUAACUAAAGCAGCAUUUGAGAAAUCAAACAAUAGUUUACGAAAAGGAGCAAUGAUAUUCUUAGCAAUCUCAACCUUCAUAGAACUACUCUGCGUGAUUUUAUAUGCAUAUGUGUUCCCAAAACUCCCCAUCGUUAAGUAUUACCGAAGAAAAGCCGCUUCUGAAGGAUCUAAAACUGUUGUUGCUGAUCUUGCUGCUGCUGGUAUCCAAAAUUUAUCAGAUUUGAGUGAUGAUGAUUCCAAGAAUCAAAUGCUAAGAAAGAAAGAGUUGUUGCUUCAAAACAUAGACCAUGCAGUGAAUCUAUUCCUCAUCUACGUUUUGACAUUAUCCAUUUUUCCUGGAUUCUUAUACGAAAACACGGGACAACACGGACUAGGUGAUUGGUAUGCACUUAUCCUAGUAGCGACAUACAAUUUUUGGGAUUUGUUCGGGAGGUACGCACCGCUGGUGAAAUGGCUGAAGCUUGAGAAUAGAAAGGCCCUAACGAUUGCGGUCUUGACCCGUUAUUUCCUCGUUCCGGCAUUCUAUUUCACUGCAAAAUAUGGUGAUAAAGGAUGGAUGAUUAUGCUCGUUUCUAUUUUGGGAUUAACUACUGGACAUCUCACUGUUUGCAUUAUGACUAUAGCCCCUAACGGGUACAAGGGUCCGGAGAAGAAUGCAUUAGGGAAUUUGCUGGUGGUUUUUAUUUUAGGAGGAGCAGUUGUAGGAAUUUCUUUGGGUUGGUUAUGGCUUAUUGGCAAGAAAUAUGCUUUCUGAGUUCUCAUCAUUUUGUGCAAUUAAUUCCGAUGAAUCUGACUCUUUAUGGCAAAAAAUGAGAAGCUUGGUGCCUCGCUCGAACCUAACUGUUUAUUCAUGAAAAAAGAAGAAGAAGAGAAUACUAACACGUAAAACUUUCGAAAGCUUGAAGUGAUGAAUUCUUAUUUCGAUGCUUCACCAAAUUAUAAAAUUUCACUUUUUCAACUCCACAAUUUGCUGUAUCUAUUUUAGUUAAUAUUUUAGACCCAUUUGAUCAUUUUAUUAACUAUUUUCUAAAAUCUUAUAUGGUGUUAUUUAACCAUAGAUUUUUAUAGAAACUAAAUCCUAA